AUGGCUGCUGCUGAAGGAGUUUGUCCCUUUCCUCUUCCUCCAUCGCAGUAUUUCAAACUGUAUACUGACGAAAAUGUGGAGAAUAAAAUAGCUCCUGAUCCACCACCUACACUGAAGGGGACUUACUCAAUGUUUGGGGCUCCUUUCGAGGUAAAUUGACGUGGACUUGAUAAGUAACAUCUAAGUUGAUCUCCUUUUUAAGUUCGCAAAGUGAAAUUAAACCCAGAGAUUAAACGGUAAUGAGAUGUUUUAUACUACUACAUGAGAAAUUUCUGCAAUUUGAUUGGCUAAGAGCAGUGGUAUUUCAGCUUAAUUUGAAAUACCUACUUGUGAAAAUUACAAAACCUUUGCGUGUAGUAGUAUAAACAAAUAAUAGCAUGAUUUGUACGUGAUAUUUGGCAUAAAUACCACUAGUGAUAUUUCGAAAUUGUCUCAAAUUUCACUCGCCUAACUGCUCGUGAAAUUACGUAUAACAAUUUUGAAAUAUCACUUGUGGUAUUUAUACCAAAAAUCACUACAAAUCAUGCUAUUAACUAUACAAAUGGCUAAAAUUCAAUUUUUUACUUUUCUCAUGAAGGUCAGUGACGUAGUUAUUAGUUUGUUGUGUUUGUCAAAUUAUUAUGAAAGUCGUUCUUCAUGAAAAAAUAAUGCCUAUAAACACAAGCUUAUUGCAGGCCUUUUCUCUUUUAAUCUCCUUUGCCUUUUAGACCGAGGAAUCCAUUAUUCGACCUUUAGAACUACAGCCCGGAAUAACUCGACUUUACACAAAGCAAGGCAGAUUUGGUUUGUGAUUAAAUCUUUUGGUGAUGAAUUUGUUUGGUUAUCUUCUGUAAUUGUUAGUCUGUUGUUGAUUGUUGUGGACAUCGUCAUCAUCCUCAUCAUCAUCCUUGUCAUCAUCAUCAUCAUCCUCAUCAUCAUCAUCAUCAUCAUCAUCCUCGUCAUCAUCCUCAUCAUCAUCCUUGUCACCAUCAUCAUCCUUGUCAUCAUCAUUAUCCUCCUCCUCCUCAUCAUCAUCAUCAUCAUCAUCCUCAUCAUCAUCAUCAUCAUCAUCAUCAUCCUUGUCAUCAUCCUCAUCAUCAUCCUUGUCAUCAUCAUCAUCAUCCUCAUCAUCAUCAUCCUUGUCAUCAUCCUCGUCAUCAUCAUCAUCAUCCUCAUCAUCAUCAUCCUUGUCAUCAUCCUCAUCAUCAUCCUUGUCAUCAUCAUCAUCAUCCUCAUCAUCAUCAUCCUUGUCAUCAUCAUCAUCAUCAUCAUCAUCCUUGUCAUCAUCCUCAUCAUCAUCCUUGUCAUCAUCAUCAUCAUCCUCAUCAUCAUCAUCCUCAUCAUCAUCCUCGUCAUCAUCCUCUUCAUCAUCCUUGUCAUCAUUCUCAUCAUCAUCCUCAUCAUCAUCGUUGUCAUCUUCACCAUUUCAUUUAAACCCCUGGGCUGGGUUGUUCAAAGCAGGGUUAAGAUAACCCAGGCUUAGUGACAAAUUUGAAUUCAGAUAUGAAAGCAUUCCAUUCAAACUGAGUUUAAUUCUUCUGGUAGUCUAAACUUUGAUGAUUGGAUGCUCUAAAAGUAAAGAGAAAAUUAUCCAAGAAGAUACUUUUAAACAAAGGAGAGAGAAACCUGUGUUAAAAUUUAACCCUGGGUUAAUGCAAAAUUGGCCUUCGAACAACUGAGCCCUUGUUUAUACCAAUGAUUUCUUUUCCUUGUAGAUAGAAUAAAAGAACUGAAGAAACUUAAUCAUUCUAUUGUUAUCAACUUUUUGGAGCUGCUAGACAUCCUAAUUAAGUCACCUUCAUCAUCCAAGGUACCAAAAAAGUCAGUUUCUUUCCAUUGCAGUGCUCCAUGCUUAACUUUUUUUAAAGUCAUCUUAUAUAAUAAUUUAUUAAUUUUAUGAAAUUGUCACCAAACAUAAACUCUAAAUACUGUGAAGAAAUAAAUAAGUCAUAUUUCUUGCAAAUGUAUUUUGAACAAGCUUAUUAGCUCACUAGACGAUACCUGGGUAAUAACAGUUAUUGUAUUGCAUUAUAUCGUACAGGUAAUCAAUUUGGCGUCUUUUGCUACAGCAAUAAAGUUAAGUUGCCAAAUUUUUUUCUGGCCCUAGUGACCAAAACGGUCACAGCUAGGAGUACUGCAUUGUAUUGUAUUGAAAAUGCAGUUAAUAAAUUACCUUAUAUAAUAUCAUAGGUGACGAAUUACUCCUUAAUUUGGCGCGAACUUUCAAGGUUAAUUUGUAAUUUCACGUGUGAAAUUACAAAAUUGCCAUGGCAACCUUCCGUACGUCUCAUUGUCAAGAUGGCAACGAAGUUUGAAAUGUCAUGAAUGAAGAUGUCAGGGCACAAAAAGAUGUUUUAGAAAACCUGAACACAUGAAAGAGCACAUCAAGAAGGAUUCUAACUGGUAUUUUGUCGAAAAUCUCUGAACUUAAGCCAAAUUUAAGCUGUAAACGUCCGAGAGAGUGCAGGAGCUCUCGAUCGAUACAAUCCAGGAUAAACAUGUCAAAAAUCGGCCAAGAUUGCUAACGUAAUUCGUCACCCAUGAUAUUAAUAGGUAAUCAAAUGGUAUACUCGUGAAAUUAGAGAAUAAUUUCACUUGCGUUUUGUCCAAAUCCUAGUAAUUAUAAGGAUUUGAACAAAACGCGCGUGAAAUUAUCCCCUAAUUUCACUCAUCACCGUUUGAUUACACAUACAAAUUCAAAAUUAUUCUAAUAUCCUACCUUUAACUUUUCAGUGUAGGCAGUUGAGAUGAACAAAAAAAUAGCAUAUUUUAUUGUUAAUCUGUAUUACUAUGCACAAUUCAAAAGAGCUGAAAAAGCCAGUAAAUUAUACAUACCAGUGCUCUGAACCUGUAAAAUCCAGAGUGCCCAGCAUAUGAUUUGUAUGAAAAAUCUGAGCUUUUCUAGUCGCCCGAGAGCAAAAGUUAGGUGCAGGGGCCACCGGGCUCUGCUAGAGCACAGCCCUGUUAACCUAUGUAUUAUUUAGAUGUAUUGUUUAUUUUUUUUUUCAGAGAGGAGAAAAACUUGAGGAUUUAAAUUUAUUAUUUAUCAAUAUUCAUCACUUGAUCAACGAGCUCAGGCCUCAUCAGGUUUGUAAUAUUAUUUUUUUAUCUUACAUGUAAAAUAUUUUUUAUUGUUAAAACUUGAUAUAGAGGAUAUUACACAGUGGCACGAAGAUAUAAAUUUUAUUUUUGAGUGGCAAGACAAUAUUUACGAAUGAGUGCAACAAGUGAGUAAAAUAUUGUUUUUGCCUCGAGAAAAUAAAAUUCAUGUCUUUGAGCCGUCACGUAAUGUUCUUUUUAUUACAUAGACAAAAAGACAUCGAUAAAAUAAUAGAGGGAAAUGACCGAAAUUACGUCAUUGAUAAACUCACGUGUGAGAUUAUGGAAAAUAAACCACUCGGGUCCCGGAUGUAGUUUUUAUGAAUUUUACGAGUGGUAUAUUUUCCAGUAAAACACUCGUGUCUAUAUAAUAAAAAGGUUUAAAACAGCUAUGAGGAGGAGAGAGGUUGAUACAUGAGAACGAAGUGCACUGUAUUCUUUUGAGUUUUGUUAUAUAUUAUGACUGAAACUGCCUUAAAAAUGUAAGAGCCCAUGGUCUCUCUCCCUGAGGCUGAAGGACUGAUAUGAUCCAAAUGUGUGGUAAUAAAGGAUGCUCUGCAUGAUAGACAUAUUGAUCUGAUCAACAAAAGUACAACCAUAAUCCAUGGUCUAUAGUCCAAUAAAGCAUAAAAAUAAGGUCAAAAGUGGAAUCAAGGGCUGCAAGCAAGUGGUGUCACCGCAAAGGUUUUGAAUAUUUUGAAGUCAUCUAUAUAGUCCAAAGGAGUUUAUACCAAGCAUUCCAUGGAUUCCAUGGUUUAACUACUGUAAGUUGCUCAGUUUGUAAUAGAAGAGAUGGUUUUAUUUUGUAGUGUUAAGUUGUACUUCUAUCUCAUUGCAGGCUAGAGAGACAUUAAGAGUCAUGAUGGAAAGACAAAAACAACAGCGACUAGAAACAGCUGACAAAUUAAACAAGUAAGUUCUUCCUGUUCUUGGUUACUGUAAAAUCCAUUCUGUUAACAUGGUUCCAGAGAUCAUUGGUUCAUUGGAAACCAAGUUAAAUUAAGGUAUUAGAUCUGCUAGAUGGUCAAAAGUUGACCAUGCUUAUAGAAUCACUUAUUUAAAAUGUACUCUUAACCCGAAUGCAAAUUCCAAAAAUGAAGCAAUUUCGUUCCAUAGACGCCAGGUAAAUGAAGGCCAAAGUUGGUAUCUAAAAGUGUUAUCUUGGAAAUAUUAUAAUCACUGGGCUGAAAUCCGACACAAUAUUAAUACGGCCAUGAAACUUGCCAGGUUUAUUCACAUACUGUUAAGGGAAAAUAUCCUAAUUUCCCAGCAAUAAGGAAACAUUUUGGCAUUUUUGGCAAGUGCCUGAAGUAACAGGUCAUGAAAGAGGUCUAUUACCAAAAAAUUUCACCUUUAUAUCUCAAGGAAAAAUUGAUGAUCAAUGGCAGGAUAUUAAAGGUAAAUUACCAAUCUAAGGAUAAUUCAGUUCCAAUUUAUUGUUUACUCCUAUUUAUCAAGAGAAAGACAGAAACAUGCAAUCCUUGAUUUUUGAGGCUGCGAUAUAAAUCGGAAAUCACACCUUACAUGUAGGUGCUCAGGUCUACCUUGAUAGCUUUAUGUAAUUUUUAUUUGGGGAAAUUCUUUAUAAUUAUUUGAGAAAUAAAGUUUUGAAAUGAAGGGCUUAAUAGCAGAUCUAAUACCUUAAGUGAUUUAAAACCAAUACUUUUUGAGUUGCUUUUUAGUAUGUUACUUGUUAAAGAGUACCGUGUUUUGCUCGGUGUUCUUUGACACCUUCAAUCCCAGGGUAAUCAGUGAAGCAAUGAUGUUAUAAUGUACAUUAACUUUUAAGUCUGAAUAAAAUACUUUGGUAUAGCAGUAAAAAUGAAUAUUCUUUUACACAGUCUUUUUUUUUGGGGGGGGGCGGGGGUGGGUAGAUGAAUAUUAUACUGAUGUAGUGUUUGACUUUCUAUAACCUACAGCUGUAAUAUCUACCUUGAACAAUUUAGGUCAUCCCAUUUUAGACAUGUUUAUAAUUCUUUAUAAAUUCUGGGGGCUGGAUUUCAGGGCUGGACACAACCCUUGUACCCCUUUAUCAAGGAAUAUAAAUCAUGAUAACACUUCAUUUUUUUCAGACAUUUGGACAGAGUAACUGCAAUGCUGCAGUCAUGUGCUUCUUCCUUACAGUUAGCCUCUUGCCAACAAGACGGUUCAUAUGAACAAAUGGAGGUACAGUACUGAUUGGGGUUUAUUUCAAAAUUUACUGCUAUUUCUUAACACAGAUUAAUAUUGUUUACCGUAAUAUCGAAGAGCUUAAUGGAUAAUGGCUUUAUACUACUACAUGAAAAAUUACUGCAAUUUGAUUGGCUUAGAGCACUGGUAUUUCAGCUUAAUUUGAAAUACCUACAUGGGAAAAUUACAAACCUUUUGCAGGUAGUAGUAUAAACAAAUAAUAGCAUGAUUUGUAUGUGAUAUUUGGCAUAAAUACCACUCGUGAUAUGUCAAAAUUGUCUCAAAUUUCACUCGUCUAACGGCUCGUGAAAUUACAUAUAACAAUUUCGAAAUAUCACUUGCGGUAUUUAUGCCAGAUAUCACUACAGAUCAUGCUAUUACCUAUACUAAUAGGGUAGGGAGGACUCCCAGUGUCAUCGCCUACAUUAUCAAUAUUCUCUGAUGAUGACUUCCACACAGGUUGUUGAAAUGUUGUUCGAUGUCAUCAUCUCUCUUUCCCUGGAUCUUAAAUUGCAUAAUUGACUCUUUAAGUAUGAAAAUAGCUAUCGGACUGAGUCUAGUCAUGAAAUUAUUAGUAUGUGUAAUCAAAUGGUGACGAGUGAAAUUAGGGAAUAAUUUCACGCGUGUUUUGUCCAAAUCCUAACUUAUUAGGAUUUGGACAAAACGCAAGUGAAAUUAUUCCCUAAUUUCACGAGUAUACCAAUUUUGAUUACCUAUUAAUAUCAUGGGUGACGAAUUACCUUAGCAAUCUUGGAUUUUUGAUAUGUUUAUCCUGGAUCGUAUCGAUCGAGAGCUCCUGCACUCGAACGUUUAGAGCUUAAAUUUGGCUUAAGUUCAGAGUUUUUCGACAAAAUACCUGUUAGAAUCCUUCUUGAUGUGCAUCUUUUUGUACCCUGACAUCUUCAUUCAUGACAUUUUAAAACUUCGUCGCCAUCUUGACACUCAGACGUAUGGAAGGUUGCCAUGGCAAUUUUGUAAUUUCAUUUGUGAAAUUACAAAUUAACGCUGAAAUUUCGAGCCAAAAUUAAGGAGUAAUUCGUCACCUAUGAUAUUACAAUCAAAAAAUACUUGAUAUCAUGUUUUUGUCCUUGCAGGUUGAUGAAUCAAAAAAGCAUAGUGCAGAUGAGAUAGAGUUCAGUAGAGAAGAUGAAAUAAUGUGUAGUGUUUUAGAGAAUAUUUCAUAGCUGAAAUAACUCGCCCUCAUUAUCAGGGGACAGUUAUGCAAACUUGAGAAGUAGUCAAGGUUUGUGUAACUUCUUGGUGUUUAUACCGGGCUGAAUAAACAUGGUCAUAGCAAAAAUUUUGCUAUUGCUUUUAUAAAUAAUAACUUCAGUGCUCUCAAAAAUACUAUAAAGUAAUCUAAAGUUGAAUUUUAGACAGCAUUACAGCUUUUAUUAUUAUGAUGGCCAGCUAGGAGAAAACAUGUCCCUAUUUUAUCCCUGUACAAAACGAAACCACACCUCAGCUAGUCUAAGUUGCAGAGUUCCAUAGUUAUUUAUAUAAGUACAAUAGUAGUAUCAAUAUUGUAUUUAUUAAAAAUUGCAUUAUAGUAUAUUGUAAAUAAAGUUUCAUAUAUUAAACAUUACUGGAAUGUGUUUAUUCUUGAGAUGACAUUCUAGCAACCUUAAAAGUAUUCUUGUUAGUGCUAUUCAUACAGGGAAAAGUAAGACACAUAUUAAUAAGACCCGAACUGUGCCAUUUACACAAGGAUAUUAUGUUGCAUAUUAUAAGUUACAUCUUAUGAAAGCUGCGAAGUCACUUUUUGUGCCAUUAUUUUAGACGAGAAGUUUAUGCCUUUCUAUGACAUACGUCUUUUAUUCCUCCUAUAAAUGGCCCUUUUCUCGCCUCAUUCCCAUCUGGAAGGCCCUGUUUGCAGUUUACACCAAAAUAGUGACAACUAGUUAGCACAAACCCCACUCGCUCUCGGGUUAGCCCCACCUUCUUAACCCCCAAAAGAAGUAAAUAAAUACAGGGAAUAUCUAAAGAAGAGAAACUGAUGUAAGCCAGUCUCCUCCUCCUAACUUGUGGGGGGGGGGGGGGGGCCCCAGAGGGAGAGGAGGCCUACUAAUUUUUUAAUAUUCCCCUUGUACCCCCCGCCCCUCCUGGCCCCGUUUACCACCCGCUUUUCGAAAAAAAAGAACCCCCCUCCCCCCCCCCCCCCCCCCCCCCCCCCCCCCUCCCCGAUGCCGCCGUGGGGCGGCCGGGGCCCCCGGCGCCGGCCCCCGCGAAGAGAGGGAAUGAGUAAAAAUUUUGAUUAUCGGUGGGGGUGGGGUGGGUGUUGGUUGGUGUUGUGUGUGGGGGGUGUGGGUGGUGGGUUGUUUGUGGAUAAGUGAAAAUAGUUGUAUGUUGUAUGUUUUUACACAAAAAUUAUGCAAAAAGAACUAACCACCCUCACCCCUUCCUCAGGCUACACCCCCCCAAACCCACCCCAAAAAAAAAAAAAAAAAGUGUGGAAAAAAAAGAGAAAAAAGAAUACAAUGCACACCCCCCCCCCCCGUUGAGUGGGGGGGGGGGGGGGGGGCGCCAGAGAGAGAGAAGGCUGACUACUCAUUUCAGAUUACUCCUGUACUGCCCGGCCCUCCUAGGCUCGAUUACCAACCGCUGUUCGGAAAAAUGAGACCGCACUCCUCCCCCCCUCCCCCCGCCUCCUCUCUCUUCGACGAGGAUGAAAGACUGGACCCGGGAGACGGUAGCCUCCCACGCAGGCGUUUUUAGGGGACUCGUCUUGCAUUCCUCCCCAGGGAGGAAUGAAAGGAGGAGGAGUGAGGAGGGAUGAAAAAAGAGCUCCCCUUAAAACACCUGCGUGGGAGGCCAGGGAGACGAUGGAAAUCGAGCCUAUAUCCAGGAUCAAUUUUCCAGGAUCUGCGGGGGAGAAAAAAGCGCGUCGCGUGGGGUCUGGGUACGGGAUCGACUUUUUCUCGUCCCAGUCUCCUUUACCCUAACAGGCAAGAUGGCCGACGAGUUUCUUCGUCACAGCGCAUUUUAGGACAUGUUUGUAGGUUUAUUGUUCAAGAACGCUUUAAGGAACACUCACCACAGGAAAGGUCAUCGAUGCUUUUAAUUUACUGAUUUUUGCAGAGUGAAUUAUCCCAGAAUCUUCUCAUGCUGUGGUCGCUUCUUCGAGUCGCUUCCCGGUCUCAAAGGACUCUCUAUCAGGACUCUUUUCUUCGGCUUCGGAAUUCGAGAUUUUCAUGGAGUUUAAGUUCACGAUAUGUUUACAAUUCAUCGCGAAUUUUGCAGUUCGGUAUUCAACAAAGAACGAUUUUUUCCAGAUGCUUUAAGCAUCUUAAUAAAACGAGUAGUGCUUUGUAUGGAGCCAAGCUACCUCUGAUAACAUUUGACUCAAGUUUGAUGUACUAUGGAACACGGCGUUUUGUAGGGACACGUGCAGGUUAUAAGAGUUCGCUUGCUUUUAAUACACGGAACAGUACAACAGCCAUAUAUGUGAUUGCAUUGGUAAUAACAGUGGUGGGACUCUCUUACCUUGCUGUUCCUCUUUAUCGUCUCUUUUGCCAGGUAAGUUAUGUAAUAAUUGGCAAUUAUUGGAAGAUGUUGAGUAAAAUAUCGUGAUUUUUCAGUGGCACGCAGAUCAAUAAUAUUUGCCGAAGUCGAAGGCUGGGGCAAAUAAUUAAUCUGCAAAAAUCAAACCUUGGGUAGAGUUAUCCACUGGAUAAAUCCCUAUCCAGCAGAUGAUUAUUAGGAAACCAAUAAUUGCGUGAUCCACUGGGUAGAGGUUUAUCCAGUGGAUAGAGUUAUCCACCUUUAAAAAAACUUGGGCCUGGUUAAAAUUUUCUGGGAGGUGUUCUUCUUUGACUGGUUGGUCUGGCCUGACUGAAAAUUACUGUUUCACGUCCAAAAAUUAUUCCUGCUUCUAGUCCCGCUGAGAAGUAAUCAAAAUUUUAGUUAAAACUUAAAUGAAAUGCUUCAGUCCGGUUGGAAAAUUUGUUUUAACUGAGUAUGUCAUCCCAUUUUCUCCUGAAUUGACUAGUGUCACUGAUUACUGACCAGACCAGUCAGUUUGCCAAAAUGUGAUGGCAAAGUUCGAACUAGACCUGUAGAUUCUUAGUCUGCAUAGCAGACAUUAUCUUGCACUUGUUAGUAAUGUCUGCAAAGCAGUGCCAACAUCCUUGUUCUAGUCCCUCAACAGACUCGUUCAUUGCCCAAAGUGCAUUUCGAAUUUCCCUUCAACCUGAUUCACGUGGCUUUUUAACAGGUCAGCCAUGGUGGGUACUCAAAUUCUGGUACACAGUCGAGAGACCAGAACAGGGAUUCAAGGACUCGCUCACUGACAGUCUAAUCCAGAGGUUUAGUUUUGUUUGUCUGGUGCAGGCUAAUAUAUCCUAAGUUUGAAGGGUUAAUCUUUCAGCCUCCAUGCCUCAUGCCUCAUGCCUCUUCUUCUUGUGUAUGUUUAGGCAACAGGAUUAGGUGGAACUGUAAAGAGAGAAGAAGCAGGAGAGAAGAUCGAACAAAUGGAAAGAAUACCUGAGAGAGAGCUGCUUAUCAGGUUUAAUGCUGAUAAGAGUGGUGCAAUGCGCUGGAACUUUAGGCCUCAACAGACUGCUGUCAAGGUGAGUUGUGGAAGUAGCAUCCAAUAAUUUGAUAUUAAAUCAGUUAUUUAUUACUAAAAAGCAAUUUUAUGCAGGCUAUCUGGUUUGCUCAACAUCUUUGUUAAUAUUAUUGGAUGAAUUUUUUUCUUAAAUUCCUUCUUCCUUUUGUCGUAACUAGUAAUAUCAGCUGUUUUCUUCUUUCUUUAUUUGAAAAUAUUACUUUUCUAGUGCUUGCUCUGCUCCCAGGAAAUGUAUUAAUUUUUUUCGCAAUUUUUUACACCUAAUUCACUGUCCCUGUUGUCCUUUGACCCUCAUUAAUCUGGAGGAGUUCCCGGCUUGGCUAUUAUUUACUUGAUCUCACUGAGUGAUAUUUCUUGCAGGUUGCCCCAGGAGAGACAGCUCUUGCAUUUUACACUGCUACAAAUCCAACUGAUGAGCCAAUAACUGGUAUCUCUACAUACAAUGUGGUUCCUUUUGAGGCUGGGCAAUAUUUCAACAAAAUCCAAGUAAGACAUUUUAUGUUAUCAUGUUUAAGUUGAUUUUUGUGAAUAAUAGUAAUAAUGAUCAUCAUCAUUACAGUCGACUCUCUCUUAACAGACACCUCUUUAAGAUGGACACCUCUGUAAAACAGACACUUAGAGUUGGUCCCUGCCUUUCUUUACUCCCUUUAUUUGACUCUUUAUAAGACGGGCACCUCUCUGAGAUGGACACUUAGUGCCGGUCCUAAAGAUGCCUGUCUUAGAGAGAGUUGACUGUAUCAACAUUAUUGUGAUAAUAAUAAUUAUUAUAAUCAUCAUCAUUUUAAAAGAAUGUACCAGUAGAUAUUUUAUGGGUCAAAUUUGAUUUCAGGUUAAUUUUGAUUUGACCAUUUCACCAAGGUCGAUUCUUAAUUUUCUUUGUCUCCUAGCCCUAAUGCAUGAAUAAAUAAGGCCAGGAAACAAAGGAAAUGGAGAUUCAACCUAGGUUAAAUAAUUUUAACCUGACCUGUAACAGAAUGAUACAUUUUCCUUUUAUGAUCUUUUUGGGGAUUAAGAGAGACCUUUUCUGUGAUGAAGCAUCUCAAAAAACUUUGUUUUUGAUAGUUGAAAUGCGCUACUCAUGAAUGUGUUCUUAUGUUCAUAGUGUUUUUGCUUUGAGGAACAGAGGCUUAAUCCACAUGAACAGGUACAUUGUACAGUUGUAAGACAAAACUUUUCUCUUGUCAUGCAGGGCUUUACAGAGACUUUGAGAAAAGAUAGGGCAAUUUAUUUUUCCAGUAGCAAAGGAAUGAAGGCAGUUGGUCUAGCAGCGUGCCACCACAAUGAAACGAAUAGAUGUACAACAUAGAAAAGGAAAAUCACUUGUCUUCCCAGCUGUUAUGCUACAGCCCUUGCAUGCCACUUUAACACUUAAACAAUUUUCUAUUGUACUGAUGAGGAGAGACUUUUUUUGGCUCAUCAUUACCAGUGAUUUUGUUACAAAAAAGUAUGGUGAGUCCUGGGAGUCAUCUUGUGAAAAAUCAUGAGUCCGAGUCCAGAGUCCCAGUAAAAAAAAAGAAUAAGUCCACAUUGAAAAUGCUAGAGCCUUUAUGUAACCAGACAGUUAUGAAGAGUGACUCCAAAACUCUGUAUUACAGCAUACUGAAAUUAAAAAUAUAGUCCUUCUAUAAUUUUUUAGUACAACAAAGGCUGAAAGAAAUAUGCAAUGUUAAACAACAGCCAUAAUAACUGCCACAGAAAUUACACGAACAGGAUAUUCUAAACACAUCUUCAGAUUGGUUGACCGAUCUUUGCGUCCUAUGAAACGCAUGCCAUGAAUUAUUUUGCGUCUUAAGGAAUUUUUAUGCAUCAGGGACGCAGGAUGCAGAGGUAACAAAAUCACUGCAUUACAUUUAUUCUCUUCAGCUUUAUACUUGAUUAGGCAGUAAUUAAUGAUUAAGAAAAGCAAGACCAGCUCACAAAUCUUGUGGCUUAGAGACAGAUUCUGGCAUGCUUGUGGGAAAAAGAAGACUCAGUCUUUGAAUAUGACCCUGGAGCAGGGCUGUCACUAAGGGCUGAGAACCAAGGAUUUCCCCUGGCUACUAUGAGGAUGACCCUCAUUCCUUUAAUUGGAAGCAAAGGCAAAAACCAAUCAAGCUAGAAAAUUCCUCACCUACUGAUAAUUGCCUGUACUAGUUAAGUUGAAAUCAUAGUGACUUCCUUGCUUUUAAGUACUACACGAGUCAUAUUCUUUGUUUCUCUUUUUUUUCUUGGCAGGUUGACAUGCCUGUGUUUUUUUACAUUGACCCUGAAUUUACAGAGGACCCAGCUAUGGCCAAAGUGGACACCAUUACACUAUCAUACACCUUCUUUGAGGCUAAAGAAGCUGAGAAACUUGGUUUAUAG